AUGGCUACAGACGAAAAAGCCACCACUGAGGCGUCCCGCCAGCUCACGGCACUGGAAACAGCAGUGCGUGAAAUAUUUGUGGAGGCCAGCUCCGGGAAGCUGGAUCCAGCGAUGGCUAGUGUUAAGGAAGCGAUUUUUAACUCGCUGUGGCAAGACGGUAAUGCUAAGUUAUUGCGACUGGAGGCACUGACCGGUCCGAACCCUCGACGCGGCACAUUCACCGAGGCCUAUGCGAAGGCCAAAUGUGCGUUGGUGAAGCUGCGAGGGUUCGACAGUCCCUCCCCUCGACGUGAUGCUCGCAACAGCGGCAACGAGACCCGACCAUCUUCCUCGGAUCGAGCUCGAGUCGCAUUCCUCGGGCACUUUCGACAACUGCUCGAAAUUCCAAAGAUGGCCACGGCAUCAGAGAACGGCCUGAUGCGUAUCAUCGACGUGAUCGAGACGUCGAUCGCAUCGGCAAAACAAAUUGCGGGCACGACGGACCAGAGAGCCACGGCAGUCGAGGAUGGGCUCCUUGUGUCGAUCGUGCUGGGCAAGCUGGAUGAGGGAACUACCGAACGCAUCACUCGGCGACUGGACGCUCAGAGCAUCCCCACGUGGAAGAAGCUACGGGGGGAGUUGGAUAGGCUUUCCAACCAACUCUACUACGAGCCGAAAAAGAAGGAAGUGGUGCGUGUCCACACUAACAGCGCACCUGCAAGACCAGCGCGGACGGCGCUAUCCGCCACGGUUCAACCCGUUCUCGCCAAACAGGACGCAAUCGCUUCAUCUCGGCCGAUUAACGCCACCCAACCGGCAACAGUAAACGACAAGUACACAGGCACGCGUCGGUGUUACGCUUUCGACAAGACGGGUCAUGUAGGUACACUCUGUCCGAAGCUACGGGUGCGAUCGGCAUGUCAAAGGGUCAACUUCGUGAUGGAUCAACGCAAGUGUGUGAAUUGCCUAUCGAGGCAGCAUCCAGCGUCAAAGUGCCCAAGCGAAAAACGGUGUCAAGUGUGUAGCAAAAAACAUCAUACGUUGUUGCACGCUGCGGACGACGUUUACAUUAAGUGA